CUUAUAUUGUGCUAUGCUAAUAAUAUAUUGUAUGUACAUUUGAAUUGUAAGCCGCUCUGAGUCCCCUUCGGGGGUGAGAAAAGCGGCAUAUAAAUGUAGUAAGUAAAUAAAUAAAUAAAUAAAUAAGUCACUCCCUCAAACGGAUAUAGUCAUUUUUUUCAACCUCUUUCGGGCUGAUGAGUUAGAAACCCAGAGCUCAGGGGUAGAUUUUGGAGCCUCCGGUGGCCUAGGGGAUAAAAGCCUCCGGGCUUGAAGGUUGGGCUGCUGACCUGAAGGCUGCCAGGUUCAGAUCCCACCCGGGGAGAGCGCGGGUGAGCUCCCUCUCUCAGCUCCAGCUCCAUGCGGGGACAUGAGAGAAGCUUCCCUCCCACAAGGAUGGUAAAACAGCAGAACAUCCAGGCAACGUCCCCUGGGCAACGUCCUUGCAGACGGCCAAUUCUCUCACUCCGGAAGCAACUCGGGUUGCUCCUGACACGAAAAAAAAGCGAUAGAUUCUCCUGAAUUGACCGACUGGCCCCCCGUUUCAGUAGGGAAGGAGCAGACCUGAUCGUUGGUCUAAAAAAUGGAAAAGCAGUUGGAUCGGAGUUAAUUAUCCCGGAGAUUUUGACAUCGGAUCCUGAGUGGUGGACCCUCUUCUUGGUGGCAGUCUUCACCAUCAUUAACAACACGGGCAUCCUACCAAACCACUGGCAAUUUGCCAUUAUAGUUCCAAUCUACAGAAAAGGCGACCCUCCCGAUCCUUCCAAUUACUGGCCAAUUAGCCUUCUAUCGGUAAUUGGAAAGCUUUGUGCAAAAUUCCUAUUGAUAAAGUUGCAGACCAGGCUGGACCAGAACAAAACCAUCAGCCCUGAGCAAACUGGAUUCCGUAAGGAUAAAUCCGCCUUGGAUCACUGCUUCGUACUUUCUCAAAUACUCCACGUGUUACUGCAUUACUCCCAGUUUUUAAUCUCUCUUAUCUUGACAUCCAUUGCUUAAACUACUAAAAAGAAUCCCCCCAAAAGUUGAUCUGUCUUCUAUAUUAUUGUCCAUUAUUUUGAAAUCCAAUAGUCCUGUCUUUCUUCUUCAAUAAUCAUCUUGUAUUUGAUCUUGGUUCAAUUGCUUGUCUUUUCUUUUCAGUAUUUAUACCCCGCCCUUCUCGCCCCGAAGGGGACUCAGAGCGGCUUACAGAACACGCAUACGGCAAACAUUCAGUGCCUGAUUCUACAAUUAACAAGGACAGACAACGCAGACACAGACGCAUAACCCGGACCCUUCCCUCGGCAGAGAGGGCCGUCCUGCGGAAAGAAGGGCGUCUGCAGGGAGGGAUUGGCGGAGGCCAUGCAGAAGAAGCUCCAGGCCGAAGUGGAGAAGGACCAGCAGGUGCCAAAAGGUAACUUCUGAAAAAGCUCUGCAAAGAAUACGUUGUGAGAGCUUUGCCCAAGGAGUGCUCUAAGUCUAAAGGGACUUCAAAAUACACAGCAAUGACAACAAGAAAAAAUAAGUAGUAAAAAUAUAUUUCAAGCUACAAACCUAUGCAGUUAAGAGGAGGAAAUAAGAUUGUGCUGAAAAAAGAGAGGCUUGGGAAAGCGAGCAGAAGGCUACAGCAAUACAAAGACUGUGCUGCUCAGGAGGUUAUAUCUGUGAACCCCUGGCAUAAUAUUUGAAUUAUAAAUAUAAAAGAAUGGCAAGUCCUCUACCUCCCUAUCCUAGAUCACACACAGGGGAGAAGUUACAUCAGUGUCUGGAAUGUGGGAAACAAUUUGAUUGGAAAAAUUCUCUUACUGUACAUGAACGGACCCACACAGGGGAGAAGCCAUAUGAAUGUGUGGAAUGUGGAAAGAGCUUCAGUCGGAGUGACAAAUUACGUUCCCAUCAAAGGACCCACACAGGGGAGAAACCCUAUAAAUGCAUAGAAUGUGGAGAAAGCUUCAGUCGGAGUGACAGUCUACGUUCCCAUCAAAGGACCCACACAGGGGAGAAGCCAUAUAAAUGCAUGGAAUGUGGAGAAAACUUCAGUCACAGUGGCAGUCUACGUUCCCAUCAAAGGACCCACACAGGGGAGAAGCCCUCUAAAUGCAUGGAAUGUGGAGAAAACUUCAGUCACAGUGGCAGUCUACGUUCCCAUCAAAGGAAGCACACAGGGGAGAAGCCCUAUAAAUGCAUAGAAUGUGGAGAAAACUUCAGUCGGAGUGACAGUCUACGUUCCCAUCAAAGGAAGCACACAGGGGAGAAGCCAUAUAAAUGCAUAGAAUGUGGAGAAAGCUUCAGUCAAAGUGGCAGUCUACGUUCCCAUCAAAAGACCCACACAGGGGAGAAGCCACAUAAAUGCGUAGAAUGCGGAAAGAGCUUCAGUCACAGUGGCAAUCUACGUUCCCAUCAAAGGACUCACAUAGGGGAGAAGCCAUAUGAAUGUGUGGAAUGUGGAAAGAGCUUCAGUCGGAGUGACAAAUUACGUUCCCAUCAAAGGACCCACACAGGGGAGAAACCCUAUAAAUGCAUAGAAUGUGGAGAAAGCUUCAGUCGGAGUGACAGUCUACGUUCCCAUCAAAGGAUCCACACAGGGGAGAAGCCAUAUAAAUGCAUGGAAUGUGGAGAAAGCUUCAGUCGGAGAGACAAACUACGUUUCCAUCAAAGGACCCACACAGGGGAGAAGCCCUCUAAAUGCAUGGAAUGUGGAGAAAACUUCAGUCACAGUGGCAGUCUACGUUCCCAUCAAAGGAAGCACACAGGGGAGAAGCCCUAUAAAUGCAUGGAAUGUGGAGAAAACUUCAGUCACAGUGGCAGUCUACGUUCCCAUCAAAGGAAGCACACAGGGGAGAAGCCCUAUAAAUGCAUAGAAUGUGGAGAAAGCUUCAGUCGGAGUGACAGUCUACGUUCCCAUCAAAGGAAGCACACAGGGGAGAAGCCAUAUAAAUGCAUAGAAUGUGGAGAAAGCUUCAGUCAAAGUGGCAGUCUACGUUCCCAUCAAAGGAAGCACACAGGGGAGAAGCCCUAUAAAUGCAUGGAAUGUGGAGAAAACUUCAGUCGGAGUGACAGUCUACGUUCCCAUCAAAGGACCCACACAGGGGAGAAGCCAUAUAAAUGCAUAGAAUGUGGAAAGAGCUUCAGUCAGAGUGACAAGCUACGUUCCCAUCAAAGGACCCACACUGGGGAGAAGCCAUAUAAAUGCAUAGAAUGUGGAAAGAGCUUCAGUCAGAGUGACAAGCUACGUUCCCAUCAAAGGACCCACACAGGGGAGAAGCCAUAUAAAUGCAUAGAAUGUGGAAAGAGCUUCAGUCAGAGUGACAGUCUACGUUCCCAUCAAAGGACCCACACAGGGGAGAAGCCAUAUAAAUGCAUAGAAUGUGGAAAGAGUUUCAGUCAGAGUGGACAUCUACGUUCCCAUCAAAGGACCCACACAGGGGAGAAGCCACAUAAAUGCCUGGAAUGUGGAAAGUGCUUCAGUCAGAGUGACAAGCUACGUUCCCAUCAAAAGACCCACACAGGGGAGAAGCCACAUAAAUGCGUAGAAUGCGGAAAGAGCUUCAGUCACAGUGGCAAUCUACGUUCUCAUCAAAGGACCCACACAGGGGAGAAGCCACAUAAAUGCAUGAAAUGUGGAGAAAGCUUCAGUCAGAGUGACAGUCUACGUUCCCAUCAAAGGACCCACACAGGGGAGAAGCCAUAUAAAUGCAUAGAAUGUGGAGAAAGCCUCAGUCAGAGUGUCAGUCUACGUUCCCAUCAAAGGACCCACACAGAGGAGAAGUCACCUUAAUGCACGGAAUAGGAACAGAGCUUUAGAAAAAGUUCAGCAUACAGUAGACAUCACAGAACUCAUGUACCUCUAGAGGAGACGGGCCUUUGAGUUUCCGAAUCUAUAAAAACACAUUGGAAGGAAAGAGGAAGGCCAGCACCUUGCUCUCUCUCCACCAUGAAUCGGAGUUUGUGUGGCCUUGGUUGACGGCUACUGGGAGCAGGUGUCACUCAGAAUGGCAGCAAGCUUGGAAGGGGUUCACCUAACCUCCUCCUCAAAGAGACCCAUCGCAGGCUUCUAGGAUGAUGUGUGAAGGUUUGCUGAAAUGAGCAGCAGCAGAGAUCUCUGGAUUAAAGGGUUCUUAAAAAGAAUAGCUCUUUGGUUGCAGAUAACGUCGUAUCUUCAUACUCCUGCCUUAUUUCUUGGCUCUUCUGCAUUCAAUGGCAUCAAUUGUUUCCCAUGCAUGUGUACUGUAUGUACUGUGAUCUGUCCUGAGUCCCUUGGUUGAAAUUUUGGGUGCUAGCCCUGUACUUUUAACCCUUUUCUGGACUUUGUUGUAUCCUGAAUCAUUGACUCUAAAUUCUGGACUGACGUCUAGGUUUCGUAUAUGGACUUGGACUUUGUUUGUAUCCCUGACUUUCUGGCUUGACUUUGGGACUCUAAAUUCGGUUUGUACUCUUGAUUUCUUGGUUGUUGUUUUAUCAACUCAGCUGAAUGAACUCCUGGCAUGUGACUGUUGGGACUGUGACCUUGGUUCUUGUUAAUUUUCACUCCUGACCUGUAUCUGCAGUACUCAACUUGUCUGCAAUAAUUGGACUCUUGACCUGCACUUGUAUUCAUUGUUCCUUCAACGGUGUUGCUCCAAUUAUUUUAGCUCAGUGGCUCCCAACCUUUUUUUUAACUAGGGAUCAUUUGACAAGGGACCACUCUCCAAAAUUAGUACCAGAAGGGUUAUAAAUCAGUUUUUGGUCAACUUUAGAUUUGGUUUGGUUAUUUGGAGUGAUGAUUCAGAAAAUUGCAUUGGAUAGACCACGUCAGCUCUCAUUCCUGAUAUGCCAUCCAGUGAGUCGUCAUCUGCUCGCCCACAGAAAACCAUAUUUAAUAAUCCUGGGACUAUCAGAGGGUUUCGCGAGACCAGUCACUCUCAUUGUAAUGGUGUAGUAACUGUGAGGCUGUGAACCCUAUUUUAGUUCUUGCGGACCACUGGUGGUCCAUGGACCCCAGGUUGGGAACCACUGUUUUAGCUGGACUGAAGACUUUAGUUUUCCUAUAAAAUAAUAUGGUCUUGGCUUGUCUUGUGUUUGUUUAAUAAACCUCAGACUUUAUACCGAGAGAGCCCUGGAACAUGAGACCAUCAGCCUUGCUUUGUGUGUACUUAUCCCUGUGUAGAGUGAAACCCUUUCUGGAUAUGAGACUGUUCAAUCCCCACCUUUGGCAAAGAGUCCAUUAGGACACACAGUAUCCUUAUAAUAAUAAUAAUAAUAAUAACUUUAUUUUUAUACCCCGCCUCUAUCUCCCCGAAGGGGACUCAGGGCGGCUUACAUGGGGCCAAGCCCGAAUAAAAACAGUAGCAGUAUAAAACACAGCAAUAGACAACAACUUGCACAAUAAAAAAAAAAAAAAAAUAAAAUAAAACAUUAGCCAAUAAAAAACAAGAACUAAUAAAAACAUGGAUUAAAACUGAGAGAUUGUAAAAGUAGACUGGGUAAGGUGCACCAUAUAAAUAUUGUAGACACGAGGUGACUGAUAAAGUGCUGCAAAUUCUGGAAGUGCAAAUUGGGAUGGGAAUAGACCCUGUGUCUAUAUCGAGUUGACAAAGGUAAAAGGUGCAAACCGGUACAAGAAUGGUCACAGAUACAGGUUGCUUCUGGAUGAGCAAUCUUUAUCUAAAGGCUUGAGUAAAGAGCCAGGUUUUCAAGCUCUUUCUGAAUGCUACCAGGGUGGGGGCUUGCCUGAUUUCCCUGGGGAGCGAGUUCCAGAGCCGGGGGGCCACCACGGAGAAGGCCCUCUCUCUCGUCCCCACCAACCGUGCUUGUGACGGAGGUGGGAGCGAGAGGAGGGCCUCCCCCGACGAACGAAGAGAUCGUGCAGGUUCGUAGGGCGAGAGGCGAUCACUAAGGUAGGAGGGUCCCAAACCGUUCAGGGCUUUGUAGGUGAUCACGUGCACCUUGAAUUGGGUCCGGAAGGUGAACGGCAGCCAGUGGAGCUCCUUAAGCAGGAGGGUUGACCGCUCCCUAUAAUUUGCUCCAGUUAGAAGCAAGGCUGCCGAACGUUGAACUAGUUGGAGUUUCCGGGCCGUCUUCAAGGGCAGCCCCACGUAGAGUGCAUUGCAAUAGUCCAGUCUAGAGGUAACUAAGGCAUGGACCACCGUGGCCAGAUCAGACUUCACGAGGUAAGGUCGCAGUUGGCGCACAAGUUUCAAUUGUGCAAAGGCCCUCCCGGCCACGGCCGACACCUGAGCAUCAAGCGUCAGUGCUGAGUCCAGGAGGACCCCCAAACUGCGGACCUGCGCCUUCAGGGGGAGUGCGACCCCGUCAAGCACAGGUAGCCACCCAAUACCCCGAUCGGACAUACGACUGACCUGGAGGACCUCUGUCUUGUCGGGAUUAAGCUUCAGCUUAUUCGCCCUCAUCCAGCCCAUCACAGCUGCCAAGCACUGGUUCAGUAUCUGGGGGGCUUCCUUGGAGUUCGGUGGAAAGGAGUAGUAGAGUUGAGUGUCAUCUGCGUAGAGAUGGCACCGAACUCCAAAACUCCGGAUGACCUCUCCCAGUGGUUUCAUGUAGAUGUUAAAAAGCAUGGGGGACAGAAUGGAACCUUGCGGGACCCCACAGGUCAAAGGCCAGGGGUCUGAGCAGGUGUCCCCCAGCUUCACCAACUGGGAACGGCCCUCCAGGAAGGACUGAAGCCACGACAGAGCCAUGCCCCCAAGGCCCAUCCCGGAGAGCCGUCCCAGAAGGAUACCAUGGUCGAUGGUAUCGAAAGCCGCUGAGAUGUCCAAGAGAACCAGCAGGGUCACACUCCCCCUGUCCAGCUCCCUGCGGAGGUCAUCCACCAAGGCGACCAAAGCCGUCUCAGUACUGUGCCCAGGUCUAAAGCCAGACUGCGAUGGGUCCAGAAAAUCGGUGUCAUCCAGGAAACCCUGGAGCUGCGAGGCAACCACCCGCUCCAGGACCUUGCCCAAGAAAGGGAGGUUCGAGAUUGGUCUGUAGUUGUUUAGAAUGGCCGAAUCAAGGGAGGCCUUCUUCAAUAUAGGCCUCACUAUGGCCUGUUUGAGGACAGAUGGAAAUUUGCCUUGAUCCAAAGAGGCAUUAAUUAUCAUCACAAACCACUCUACCAACCCUCCUCUGGCCGGCGUUGGUCUCCUUCCCCAACUGCAGAGAAUGGAAGACAAAAAAUGACUACAACGACUGAUGAAGAUUCAUGAAUCCGUUGAGAUGGACAUAUUAACUACAUUGAUGAAGUAUAGAACCGCAUUGAAAGGAAAUAAGAGUAAAUAGAGAUACAAAUCAUAUAGUGAGUGAGUUUUGUAAAUUAGCGUUUGAUGUCAGUUAGUUUUGUUCUUAUUGUCCAAGGUGUGUGUCCUUGUUCCCUUUAUAUUUGUUAAAUAGUCUUUUUUUAAAAAAAUGUACCAAAAUUAUUAUUUGUAUAAAAUAUUGUUUUUAAAUACCAAAAUUGUAAUUUGUGUAAACAUGCUUUGAUUUGUUUUUCUUCUUUAGUCUUUGAAUAAAUAUUGUUUUUUAAAAA